AUGCCUGUCACCAACUUCGCCCACCCCGAUCCUUACAAGUACCAGACAGGCUUCGGCUCAUACCACGAGACCGAAGCUGUCGAGGGAGCUCUUCCAAUCGGCCAGAAUUCUCCACAGAAAGCCCCUCAUGGACUCUAUGCAGAGAAGUUGUCAGGAACUGCAUUUACAGCACCUCGGCAUGAAAACAAGCAGACAUGGGUAUAUCGCAUCCUCCCUGCAGCGGCACAUGAGAACUUCUUCGCCGAGGAUGCCGACUCCUAUCACACUCGGAUGACCACUGAGACCCAUAAACUUCAUCAUAUUCCCAACCAACUACGGUGGAAUCCAUUCGACCUCGACGAGAAGGUCGAUUGGGUACAUGGACUGCACUUGGUCGCUGGAUCUGGCGAUCCAACGAUGAAGCAAGGACUAGGAAUUCUACUAUAUGCUGCCGGCAAGGAUAUGGGCAAGGAAGCCUUUUAUUCCGCAGACGGAGACUUCUUAAUCGUGCCCCAGCACGGAGUUCUUGAUAUCCAGACCGAGCUUGGCCGUAUUAUCCUCCGUCCGAAUGAGAUCUGUGUCAUUCCCCGUGGUGUCAGAUACCGCGUCACUCUUCCUGACGGCCCUGUCCGCGGCUACAUUUGUGAACUAUACCAAGGCCACUACGAGCUUCCCGAGCUGGGCCCCAUCGGCUCCAAUUGCCUGGCCAAUGCGCGCGAUUUCCAAGCACCCGUUGCCGACUUCGACGACGAAGAGGAGAGUGAGUACAAGCUCUACAGCAAGUUCAACAACACUCUCUUUUCCGCUCGCCAGAACCACACCCCCUUCGAUGUUGUAGCGUGGCACGGCAAUUACUACCCCUACAAGUACGAUCUUGGCCGUUUCAAUACCAUCGGCUCCAUCUCAUUUGAUCACCCUGAUCCAUCUAUUUUCACUGUAUUGACAGGUCCUUCGGAUCAUGUUGGUACAGCGAUUGCCGACUUUGUAAUUUUCCCGCCUCGCUGGCUGGUAGCAGAGAAUACCUUCCGUCCGCCAUGGUAUCACCGCAACACCAUGUCCGAGUUCAUGGGAUUGAUUGCCGGUAACUACGAUGCAAAAGUUGGUGGUGGCUUCCAGCCUGCUGGUGCUAGUUUGCAUAAUGUGAUGAGUGCACAUGGUCCUGACUACGGUGCCUUCGAGGGUGCUAGUAAUGCGGAAUUGAAGCCGCAAAAGGUCGGCGAUGGGAGCAUGGCUUUCAUGUUUGAGAGUUCUUUGAUGGUUGGUGUCUCGGAAUGGGGCCUGAAGACUUGCCAGAAGGUGCAGGAGGAAUACAAUGAGCACAGUUGGAAGCCGUUGAAGAGGCACUUUGUCAACCCUAACAAAAAGGCCUAA